CCCACCCCGGGCAGCGGAGCCGCCGCCGCCGCCGCGAUGAAGCCCCGCGGGGAGGGGGAGGAAGAGGACGGUGCGGCGGGCGGCGGGGAUCCCUGGAAGGAGUGCGCGGAGGUGGCGGUGCAGCUGGCGCUCCGCGCCGGGCAGAUUAUCAGGAAAGCUCUAACAGAGGAAAAACAAGUGUCCACAAAGACAUCUGCAGCAGAUCUUGUGACUGAGACUGAUCAUUUUGUGGAAAAUUUGAUUAUUUCUGUUCUGAAAGAGAAAUUUCCCUCCCACAGGUUCAUUGCAGAAGAAUCCACUGCUGCUGGUUCAAAAUGUGUCCUCACUGACAGUCCUACCUGGAUUAUUGACCCUGUCGAUGGAACCUGCAAUUUUGUACAUAGAUUUCCAACAGUGGCAGUGAGCAUUGGAUUUGCUGUUAACAAAGAGCUUGAAUUUGGUGUAAUUUACCACUGCACUGAAGAACGAUUAUACACUGGUAGAAGAGGUCAAGGGGCAUUUUGUAAUGACAAAAGGCUUCAGGUAUCAAAAGAGACAGAUAUCUCGAAGGCCUUAAUUUUAACAGAAAUUGGUCCAAAACGUGACCCUGCAACUUUGAAAUUGUUCCUUGGUAACAUUGAGAGGUUGCUCAAGGCCCAAGCACACGGGGUCCGUGUGAUUGGAAGCUCCACCCUGGCUCUGUGCCAUUUGGCAUCUGGUGCUGCCGACGCAUAUUACCAGUUUGGGUUACACUGCUGGGACUUGGCAGCAGCUACUGUCAUCAUUAGAGAGGCAGGUGGCACUGUGAUAGACACUUCAGGGGGACCUCUGGAUCUCAUGUCCUGCCGAGUGGUUGCUGCGGGCACCAGAGAGAUGGCGAUGUUCAUAGCUCAGGAAAUAGAAACUAUUCACUACGGGCGGGAUGAUGAAAACUGAUGGAAAUUAAGUACAUGUAAUCUGGAGUCUGCUCUCCUGAACUAUGUAACCUUUGCAAGAUGAGUGGCUUGAAGGGUACGUGACCUCAGCAGAAUGCUUUCUGAGGAGAUUUUCUGUGUCAAAUAUUUUUUUAUAAAUUUAUUACAAUAUAGGAAGGCAUAGAGAGAUUUUUAAACGUUUAAGAAUCAUGUUUCCUUUUUAAUAUGUAUCUCUUUCAGCAGUAUCUUUUUUACAGGAUAGCAUAUUUUACUGGUAGCUCUAGUUUCAAAGUAACUUGUAAUUUCAUAUUUGUGGGGCUGAUAUUUAGUCUUUUGUAACAUGCAGCUAAAAACUGAACUUUAUUUUUACAGAAGCAGAUCUCAGGUAAAUGAGCUUUUAGGACUUUAGUAAGGAUAAGUAGUUAAUGUGUGCCUAUAAUACCCUCGUUCUAUGAUACUUAAGGAUGCAGUAAAAAUGACAUUAUUGUUUCCUAGCUAUGUCACAGCUAUAAUAUCCAUAGGUAUGUGUAGGUAUAUAUAUAUGUAUGUCUGUUUGUGCAUAGAGGUACACCUAGACAUGCGUACGCACAUAGAUACAUGCAGACAUACACGUGUAUGUCUAUGUGCAUAUAUACAUGGAUAUCUUGGAUGUUCAUGGCAAUUUAGAGAAUGCAUAAAAGAAAGUUAAUAUUGGAAGUUUUAUUCAGAUGAAGAACGUUACUUACACGUCUUCAGCAGGGGCUAACCAAAUAGCUGAGAACAGAGCUGAUCAUGGAAAUUGCUUUUAUGAUUUUAUAAACUGUCCACCUAAUUCUUCUCCCCUUUUAUCCUAUUUCAUGGGCAUAAAUCAUACUGUCCUGCAGGCCACUACAAGAAACCUGCGAACUCUUAGUACCAUAGAAUAAUGACAUAUAAAACCAGGGAUAUUGAACUCCACUGAGUUGCUUGCAGUAUUAACCAUGACACACAGUAGCAGAAUAGAGUGCAGUGUCACAGAGGGGUUGGUUUUAGUGAAACUUGAAGAAGAACGACAGGAUUCAGCCCUUUACGGGGAAGUUCUUAAUAUGCACAUAAGAUAUGCUUGCAAAAAAGUUAGUUGUGAACUACAUGCCCUUCUCACACAAAGUUGCAAUCACAGAUUUUGAUCAGAGAAACUUGUAAAAUCAGUUAUAUAUUUUUCCUCAAUACCCACUUGUUCCCUGUCCUUGUAUUAUGUCCUUGUCCAUUGUUUUUAAUUAUGCCACGGUGACUGUUUCUAUUUAAGUUAUUUUUAAAAUCUUGGGCACAGAGGGGAUACAACAGUGUCCAUAACAGUUGUGGUUGAAAUGAAAUCACUUCUAAUUUUUUAUUAAAAAGUUGAAUAAAAAGAUAACUCUUUUCUCCAAGAGUGCAAAUUAAAUACAUGAAUGAGUUAAAAAGAAACAGUUAAAAAUUUUAAAACUUUUUUACACUGCAUGUGUAGUCUUUGUAAACGUGUUCAGAUAUCUUCUUAAAACACAGAAACUGAACAAUAAUUUGUAAAAAUGACCUUACAUGUGUUUCUUGUAAUGAAAAAUGUUUUCACUGAAUAUAACAUGAAUUCUGUGGGAUUUUCUUGAUGCUUUUUUUUCCCCAUGAGAAAUACAAAGCAUUGACCAGGUGAAGAAAGCCACAGUGCAACUAAGCUUUUAGGAACUUGGAUAUUUCCUGUCAUCAAAACAAUGCUGUCACAGUGAUCAUUGUGCUGUCACCGUUCCUUUUCACCUCUCCAUCUCCCCACAUCUCUCUGGAAACUUAGGCUGUAAGCCUCUCGGGGCAGGUACUGUAGUACUUUCAUUUGGGGUUUGCACGGUGCUCAUAGGAUGCAGUUCUGUCUGUGACUAGGCACUGAGGUGCUAUAAUACAGAUAAUAAAUACUAAUAGGCUUGCUUGUC